AUUUUAAAUUGAACUAGUUAUUAAAAAAUUGGCUUCGCACCAUUUACCAAGAACGUUACGCGUUAUAGAGUUGAAGAGUGAGAGUAACUACAAAUUCAGAACACCGCAGCACCAUACUUCACACAUUCGAUUUCUUCAAAACACUCUCAUUUUCUUCUUCUUCUUCUUAUUCUCUUCAAUCUCAAUUUUCUCUUUCUUUCUGCGAAAAUGGCGACGAAUAUAGGUAUAAUGGAUAGUGCAUACUUUGUCGGCAGGAACGAGAUUCUGAAUUGGAUCAACAACCUACUUCAGCUCAAUCUCUCACGCAUUGAAGAUGCUGCAUCUGGUGCUGUACAAUGCCAAAUGAUGGAUGUGACUCAUCAAGGAGUUGUUCCAAUGCACAAGGUUAAUUUUGAUGCGAAGACUGAGUAUGAUAAGAUCCAGAAUUACAAAGUUCUGCAGGAUGUGUUCAACAAGCUGAAAAUUGAUAAGCAUAUUGAAGUUAGCAGGCUUGUUAAAGGCAGACCUUUGGACAACUUGGAGUUCCUCCAAUGGCUGAAACGUUACUGCGAUUCUAUUAAUGGCGGCAUUAUGAAUGAGAACUAUAAUCCUGUUGAGCGAAGAGUUAAGGUCGGCAAGGACCGAAGUUCCCUGAAAAAAUCAAAAUCACUGCAAACCAAUAUUAUGAAUAAUUCUGGCUCAGGCAACACACUGGGUCCUAAUAGAACCUCUGUGGCCAAGCCAUUCAGGUCAAGUGGAGGGGCAGGUGGGGAUAAUUCUUCAGCAGAGAUUCAGACUUUGUCCAAAGAGAUUACUGAUCUCAAAUUUACAGUGGACCGCCUUGAGAAAGAGAGAGACUUUUACUUCGCAAAACUACGGGAUGUAGAAAUCAUAUGUCAGACUCCAGAAGUGGAGGAUAUCCCUGUUACUGUAGCAAUUAAGAAGAUUUUGUAUGCCACUGAUGCAAAGGAAUCAGCACUGGAUGAAGCUCAAGAUUAUCUUAAUCAAGCAAUGAAUGUUGAAGAAGCUCAAGACUACCCAAGUCAAACUAUGAAUGCUGUUGAAGCUGAAGCAGAAAUUGAAGUUGAUUCCCAAAACUAGCUCCUUGCUGGUAUGCCAAGACAUUUGCUAGCCUCUUUUUAAGCAAAUUCAAUUCUGUCUUGCAAGUCGGGUGGUGAUCUGCACUCUCCUAUGGGCAUAGAAUACCAUGUAAUGAAAAUUGUCAUAUAUUGUGUUUGUUUACUUGUAGCCUAGAUGGAUAAUCACAUGAUAAAUGACUGGUCUUUACAAUUGUAGAUUUCAUCUAUUCGUCUUUUCAUCAUUAUAUAAAUAACUUCUCUAACGAAGAUUGCUCAAGGAAUGGAAGUUUCCUAGCCACAAUAUAUUUACUGAUUUGUUUGUCUGUAGUUUGAAAUUAGCCGCCAAGCUUAAGCUUUCUUAAUGUAUGAUCUCAGAUAAUUGUCAUUCAAAA